AUGAGCCGUAGAAGAGUACACGAGGAAGAUGAUGGCUAUGAUCGAGUAUAUAAGAAGCGCAGGAGGGUUUCGGAGAAUCAAGAGAUUGAAGAUCGUCUUGAAUCUCUCAUCCUCCGCGUUGGAGAGAAGUCAACGUCAUCUCUGGAAAGCAACUUGGAAGGUUUGGCUUCCGUAUUGGAAGCCGAUCUGGGUUUAUUUCGUAGCAAGAUUCUUCGAAUUUUAACGGACUGCGCUAUUAAGAUGCCAGAAAAAUGCACAAUUUACACCACUCUCGUCGGGCUAUUGAACGCGAAAAAUUUCAAUUUUGGUGGAGAAUUUGUUGAUUAUAUGGUGAAAAAUUUCAAGGAUUCUUUAAAAGCGUGCAAAUGGGAUGUGGCUAGGUAUUCGCUUAGAUUUCUAGCUGAUUUGGUAAAUUGCCAUGUUUUAUCAUGCGGAUCGUUGAUGCAGUUGUUUGACAAUAUGCUGGAUGCUGCAAACGAGGAUGGAGUACCGCAAGUGAGACGUGAUUGGUAUGUUUAUGCCGUUCUAUCGACGCUGCCGUGGGUUGGCAGAGAAUUAUAUGAGAAAAAGGAACAAGAAUUAGACCAUCUAAUGGUUACGAUAGAGAUAUUUUUGAAUAAACGAAGCAAGAAACAUCAGCCAGCGUUGAGAGUAUGGUCGAGUGACACGCCUCAUCCGCAGGAAGAGUAUUUAGAUUGCUUGUGGGCGCAAGUUCGCAAACUGAGGCAGGAUAAUUGGGCCGAGAAGCAUAUUCCACGCCCCUAUCUGGCAUUUGAUUCGAUUCUGUGUGAAGCGUUGCAACAUAAUUUACCACCUUUGAUACCGCCUCCACACCAUGAAUCUUAUUCCUAUCCGUUGCCCACCGUCGUCUUUCGUAUGUUUGAUUAUACGGAUUGUCCUGCUGAAGGGCCAUUAUUGCCAGGAAGUCACGCCAUUGAGCGAUUCCUGAUAGAAGAGCACUUACGGCAGAUCAUCAAUAAUUAUUAUUUUGAGAGAAAGGAUUGUGCUGCACAACUGCUGAACUUCCCAUUCAAAGCCAAAAUCCCUUUAGACUAUUGUAUUGUUGAAGUGAUAUUUGGUGAAUUGUUUAGACUGCCCACUCCAAAACAUUUAGAGAUCAGUUAUGGGUCAAUUUUGAUAGAGCUCUGCAAAUUGCAGCCUUCAACCAUGCCACAGGUACUAGCGCAAGCCACCGAGAUUCUGUUUCGUCGUAUAGACAGUAUGGCGGCUACUGCCUUCGAUCGUUUCGUCUGGUGGUUUGCGUACCAUUUAAGCAAUUUCCAAUUCCGUUGGUCGUGGGAAGAUUGGGAUUCUUGCUUGCAACGUGAUGUAGAACAUCCAAGACCAAAAUUUAUACGAGAGGUCUUGCUUAAAGCUUUGAGAUUGUCAUAUUAUCAGAGGAUUCGAGAUAUGAUGCCAGACUCGUACGUAGACUUGAUUCCAGCAGUUCCCGAGCCCGUCUACAAAUAUUCAUCUGAAGGUGCCAGUUCACUCCCUGGUACAUCAGCAGCACAUGAAUUGGUGGUUUCUAUAAGACGUAAAUGUACGCCGGAAGAAGCAUUAAAUGUAUUAAAUACAUUACCUGGUCCCAGAGAAAACGAAGAGACGAAUAAUUACAAUCCGUUGAAAAUCGACGUCUUUGUACAAACUUUACUAAACCUUGGUUCGAAAAGUUUCAGUCAUAGUUUUGCGGCUAUAGUAAAGUUUCAUUAUGUUUUCAAGGUGCUCGCUGAAACGGAAGAAGCGCAGAUAUGUAUAUUGAGAAACAUGUACGCGUUGUGGAAGAAUCAUUACCAAAUGAUGGUAGUGCUAACAGACAAGUUUUUAAAAACUGGUAUUAUUGAAUGCAGCGCUAUCGCCAACUGGAUAUUUUCCAAAGAGAUGGCAUCUGAGUUUACAAAAUUAUAUAUUUGGGAAAUACUGCACUUGACAAUACGUAAAAUGAACAAGCAUGUGACGAAAUUGAGCACGGAAUUGACGGAGGCGAGGGAGAAACUGAGAAGAGCGGAAAGUAGGUCAGGUUCCUCUUCGGACGAGGAGGAUACUAAUAAAGAGAGAAAUAGAGAAAGACCAUCGGAGGAUGUGGUAGAACGAAUGGAGGAAAAGUUGGAAGCUGCGCAAGCAGAUCAGAAAAAUUUAUUCCUCAUUAUAUUUCAGCGUUUUAUAAUGAUCCUAUCGGAACAUUUAGUACGCUGCGACACAGAUGGAAUUGACUAUAACACGCAUUGGUAUAAAUGGACUGUAGGAAGAUUGCAACAAGUUUUCUUAUCUCAUCAAGAGCAAGUACAAAAAUAUUCUUCGACGCUGGAAACUUUACUCUUCACUCCAGACUUGGAUCCUCAUAUUUUGGACGUGUUUCAUCAAUUUGUUUCUCUACGAGCAUAAAAUAAGAUAUACAUAUAUAAAUAAUGUAUUUAUAUCAGAGUACGUUUAUAAGUUAGCAAGCUAAGUAUAAGCUGCAUCAAAGUACAUUUAAGUUAAUAAGUUAAUUGUAAGUUACAAUAAAGUACAUUUUAGAGUUUUUA